AGCAACCUUAGAUCUUCCUUUCAUUUUCAUUCACCGUCAUUCACGUUUGGACCACAAGAAAGACAAGUUGUGUGCCUCCGUGUCUACCACAGAAUCCAACAUCAAUUGGUGCACCAGAGAGUGAGAGUGAAGCCUUUCUGUGAACUUCCUUGUUCAUUGUAAAAGUCCUAGGAUAUCCAUCCUGGAAAAAUAUCCUAUACACAAUCACCAUCCAUGAUCGUUCUUGGAAGUAUUUCUUGAGGAUUAUAGACUUAAAAUUCCCCAAUUCUAAUUAGUGCAUUUUAAUGCCCCAAAUUGGAGCUUUUGAUCCCUUCUUGAUUUCCCUUUCUUAUGGACAAAGUUCUUGUGAUCAGUGUGUGAUUGUGUAGUGAAGUGUCUCUCUGAGGAUUAACUAUUCUUCCGUGCUCUUCUAUCUCUUCUCUGGGAAGGUGUUUUUUUUUCUGGAGGCUAGGCAAAAAUGGGAUUUUUAGUAUAUUUAAUUGCAUUCGUCACAAUUUCUUGUGGACUCCUGGAGGUUGCAGCAGGAAAACCAUGGCCCACAUACAGUCUCGAGAAUAUGCCAAGAACCAGCUUCACAUGCAGAGACAAAAUACUCGGAGGAUACUAUGCAGAUGCUGAGACGCAGUGUCAAAUGUUCCACGUAUGCGUCAAAGUAGCAGGAGUUGGGGUGCAAGAUUUCCGUUUUCUCUGUCCAAAUGGAACGGCCUUUGACCAGGAGGCACAGAUCUGUGCCGAUUGGGGUGAUGUAGACUGUGAGGCAGCAACCCUCUACUAUGGUAGCGACAACUUUGACCUCUACCGAAUUGGAUCGGGUUUCGAAAGCAAACGGGCACCAUUCGCUGAAGAGGAGGAAGCCACCUUCCAUCUUCAGAGAGCUGAGACAGGUGAUGCUCGCCGUGGUAAGCAGGUGAUUGUGAAUCAGAGCAAACACGCGCAAACUUUUGGGCAAAACACCUUCAAUCGACCAGUGGCAACCACAAAAGCCACAACUCAGCCGCCCCAGACAUCAUCCAGUCAGCAGCCUCAGGUGAAUAGGAAUGAGUUUGCGUACAACGGAAAUUUCUAUCCGGGAGUCUCAAGGGCGUCAGAGUAUCGUCCGACGCCACCAACGACGACGACAACCACCACUACGAAACCUCUUCCUGCAGCUCCCAUCUUCCCUGAGCAGAAAUUCAGUGGGAAUGAUGAAAUCUUCAGAGGGUCACACAGUUCAAACUUCUUCAACAAUCGUAAUAACGGAAAAGAAGACUAUGAGAAUGACUUUAGUCCAUCUCCAGCUACAAGCACCGUUCGACCAAGGCAAGCAUCCGUAAGGAUUCGUCAGAGAGGCAGAGGUGGCAGUCGAUUCAGUUCAAAUGUCAACAACAUCAGUACUGCUCCUGAAAAGGCUCCAUCGAGUACAAUUGCAUCUACAAAAUUAGUAACUCCUGCAGUAACUGCAGCACCAUCUUCCCUUCCGCCAUAUUUAGGCUCUCAAGGAUCAUUCUCCUUUACAUCUCGCGAUGCCUUCCGACCAACUCAGACACCAACCAGAAGUUCAAUUCAGCCCGCUGUUGUAACAUACAGACCACAACAGCAACAGCAUCAACAGAACUUCCAUGCAGUGUCAUCCACAGCUAAACCAGUUAAUCAAGAAACUUCAACAUCUCACGAAAUCUUCAAGAUUCCAUCCUCUACACCAGCCUACACAACUUUCACUCGCCAAACACCUGCUCAGUUUAACAGCCAACAGAACUUCAAGACAUCUGUCGAACCCCAAAACUCCCCCAAUCCUCUCAUCACCUACACACCUUAUAGUCAAGACGUUUCCAAGAGUCGCCAGUCAACAGAUUACUUCUCAGGCAACUACAACGAAAAGAAGACAACGCUGCAAGCAAAACCUGCUGCAGUCACCACAAACUUCCAGGUUCCAACUACGCAGAAACCAACCCAAAAAGUUCCUCAAAACGACGUGGUUAGCUUCAACUUCAACAACUACCAGGCAUCUUCUAAUGCAAGGACUCAACUUCAGCCACAACAGCAAACAUUCCAGGACAAUAAAUACAAUCCUCACUCUAACUACGAUCUAACAGCAGUGCAACAGAGCAAGUUCACUUACAACCCCUAUCAGACGAAUAAAGUUAGCCCCGCCGCCACAAGCAGCCCUAUCCCUUCAUCAACUGCGACGAAUUUCUACUCCACCGCUGCUCCAGUUCAGAGUUCGUCACCCCGCGGAUUCACAUCAGCAGCCAGUAAUCCAGUUGUAACAACGCCGAAACCAAUCAUCAAUUAUGAUCGCUAUCAGACGGUCAACCGAAAUAGCGAUAACUACACUCCUUCCACUGUGAAGAAAUUCUCAACACUGGUUCCUAAAGAACUUUAUGAUCCUACAACAUUCAAACCCACAACAUACAAGAAACCAGUAGAUGCUUUUGCUGCCAUCAAAGCAGUUCAAGUGGAACAAGCAAAAACCGCAAGUCCCGUGAAUUUCAACAAAUUCUCAGCAGCGAGCUAUCUUCCUAGUACAAGUACUCAACCUCCUAUUCAAAAGACAGAAGAUGACGAAGAUGAUGGACAAUAUCAUCCUGAGUUGUACGAAAAGGACUUUGCUAGGCACAAAAUCAACAACAAGAGAAGAUUUGGAAAGCCAUCAGGAACGAAUACCGGCUUCCAGUUCGGAACAAACUACCAAGUGACUGCGGCCACUUUGCCACCGGUCAAUAGUGCUGAAGAUGAGUUCCUGAAGACAGCCCACUCGCAGAACAUCGCGGCUAGUGGUAAUGAACUGAGAGCUGAGAAAGAAAAGGCCCGGCAUCAAGCUACAACCAAGUCAAACUCGAGGAGUACGACAUUCUCCAAGGCUCCCACGAUACCUCCAAAUGCAACAUCUACGAAAAAACCACCCCAGGUUUCAGCUGUUCCGAAUGACAAAGAUGCUAGCUACGACUAUCAGUACUACGAUACAUACAGUGGCAAUCCAAGAGAUUAUUCAGAAUACGAAAUAAUUGAGGACUUUGGCAAAACAAAAACCAAGAGCAAGAAACACUAAUAGGCCACCACUUCAAAGUCUUUCCCUAAUCCCUCUCCCAAAUCCUACCUAAAUGCCACGCCAGUCAAAUUCCUCCCUCCUCGCGGAAGCUACAAAAUUCCGGACUUUGGUGCUUGGGCUAAAAAGACAUGGAGGACAUUAGAUUAAACUGCCAGCGAGGAGGUCAACGGAGGAAGUUUGUUAAAAUAUGUAUUCCUGUCUUCAGUCGGAUAUGAGAGCGAGAUCUAGUAAAAGAAAAAUAUAAAUUCUUCAGCCAGUAUUUUUGUACGCUAGCUUUUAAGUGAUAAAAUCUUCUUGCAUUAAAUGCCGAGGUCCCGAAAUGACGCGUGUAAAUAGUGUUAUUUGUUUUUUUCGCAUGAUAUUUUUUGUGACAUCAUCGGAUAAGAUUGAAAUACUCUUUUUUUUAUGUCUAGAAAUUGUACAUCGAAAUUUCAAUAAAUGUCAUCAAAUGAA